AUGGAGGCCAAUCAGGAGACUUCUCUCUUCCUGAUGAAGGUCUUGGAGGAGCUGGACAGCAAGCAGAACACGGUUUCCUAUCAGGACCUGUGCAAGUCCCUGUGCGCCCGGUUCGACCUGACGCAGCUGGCCAAGCUGAGAAGCGUUUUGUUCUACACGGCUUGCCUUGACCCCAAUUUCCCAGCCACGCUCUUCAAGGACAAGAUGAAGUGCAACGUGAACAACCAGCAGUCGAAGAAGAUCAUGGUGGCGGCCGACAUCGUGACGAUAUUCAACCUCAUCCAGAUGAAUGGCGGUGUGGCCAAGGAGAAGCUGCCCGGCGGCCGCCAGAAGGUACGCAGGAAGGAGGCUUCGUUUGAGUCGUGCCGGUCGGACGUGGAGAUGUGCACAGCGGCCGAGUGUGAGUCGCUCAACUGCGAGCUGAGUGACAGGCCUUUCAGCCGGGGCUACCCCUCCAGGCAGUCCUCCAAGGGCCGCAAGAUGGAGUGCAAGGACUGCCCGCAGUUCGUCCCCGCCUCCGAGCCGAACUUCCUGCUGGGCGUGGGCAAAGAGGGGAAGCACCGGGCGGCCUCGCUGGACAGGCUGCAGGCCCUGGCCCCCUACUCCGUGGCCAGCCCGCGGCCCUGUGAGAUGCAGAGGACCUACUUCCCCAUGGACAUCGAGAACGAGUCCAUCUCCGACCAGGACUCGCUGUCCAUCGGCCAAGGCAUCAAGGACGCCUUCGUCUCCGGUGAGGAGCCCUUCGUGGUCCCGUCCUGUGUCCAGAAGAGGAACAUCUUCAAAGAGGACUUUCACAACCUCAUGCCCGUCUCCCCCAGUCUGGUGGGCCCUGCCAGCAAAGCGGAGGGGGAGUGUGGGGAACCCCCGGGGCGGAAGGAGCCCCACAAACCACUCUUCUUCAACCACAGCUUCGAGAUGCCCUACAACAGCCAGUACCUGAAUCCCGGCUAUUCCCCCGUGCCCGACAAACGGCGGGUCAAGCACGAGAGCCUGGAUGAUCUACAAGCCUCUACGUACUUUGGACCCACGCCAGUGCUGGGGACCCAGGAGGCCAGGCGCUGCCCGGGGCGGCCCAGCAAGCAGACCCCGUGGCCAGCCAAAAGCUGGAGCCUGAACACGGAGGAAGUCCCUGAUUUCGAGCGGUCCUUUUUCACCCGGAAUCCGUCCGGGGAGAAGCUGUGCUAUCAGAAUUCAAGCAGCCCGGCGCCCGGUUUCCCAGCCCCAGACAGACGCCCGGCUUAUCUGGCGCCCAAGGAGCAGCCACCCAUUCUCCCGGUGAGCUAUGCAGCCAAGCCCAACGGGCUCAAAGCUAAAGAGAUCCCAUCCCCCGUCGACCUGGAGAAGCACGAGCCGGUCAAAAAGUUCAAAGACAAGAGCAUCAGCUGCACCAGCGGGCAGCUCAGCUCCGACACCAGCAGCGUGGGCACCCAGACGGAGCAGCACGUGUUGGAGCCCAAGAAAGCCAAAGACUUGUGCGCCUCUGGGCAGGGCAAGUACGGAGACAGGCACGCCAGGAAGCACUCAGACGACGACUCGGAGAUCGUCAGUGACGACAUCAGCGACAUCUUCCGAUUCCUGGAUGACAUGAGCAUCAGUGGCUCCACCGGGGUGAUGCACUCAUCCUGCUACAACAGCACCGGGUCCCUGUCCCAGCUGCACAAGUCCGACGGCGACAGCUCCCCAGAGCGCCACCGCCCCAAGAUGGCCAACGGGGUCCCCGGCGGCGGCAAGGGGGACAAGGCCCUCCACCACUCGGAGGAGGAGCUGAAGACCAGUGUGUGCAAACUGGUGCUGCGGAUCGGCGAGAUCGAGCGCAAGCUGGAGUCCCUGUCCGGAGUCCGCGAGGAGAUCUCCCAGGUCUUGGGCAAACUCAACAAACUGGACCAGAAAAUGCAGCAGCCGGAGAAGGUGAACGUGCAGGCGGAUCUGAACUCCCUGACCAGCGAGGCUCCGUCCGACGACACUGCCUCUCCCCGCGGGUUCCGGGCGCACGGCGGCUCCCACGGACCCACCCUGGAGAACAGCGCUGAGUGGUGCUGCUCCGACGCCAGCGGGAGCAACAGUGAGAGCCUGCGUGUGCAGGCCUUGAAAAAAAGCCUCUUCACCAGGCCGUCCUCCAGGUCCUUGACCGAGGAGAACAGCGCCACCGAAUCCAAAAUUGCCAGCAUCUCCAACUCGCCCAGAGACUGGCGCACCAUCACCUACGCCAACCGCGCGGGCCUGGGCGGGGAGGAGAGGAAAGACGCGGGCCCGGCAGACAACAAGGACUGGCAUCGGAAAUCCAAAGAGGCUGACAGACAGUACGACCUUCCCCGACAGCCCCGACCGCCCAAGCAGCCCAAAGACGGCUUCCUGGUGGAGCAGGUGUUCAGCCCCCACCCCUACCCCGCCUCCCUCAAGGCCCACAUGAAGAGCAACCCCCUGUACACGGACAUGCGGCUGACCGAGCUGGCCGAGGUGAAGCGGGGCCAGCCGUCGUGGACCGUGGAGGAGUACGCACGGAACGCGGGCGACAAGGGCAAGCUCGCGGCCCUGGACCUGCAGACGCAAGAAUCUCUAAAUCCCAACAACUUAGAAUAUUGGAUGGAGGAUAUUUAUACUCCAGGGUACGAUUCGCUAUUAAAACGGAAGGAGGCUGAAUUCCGGCGAGCCAAGGUCUGCAAGUUAGCAGCUCUGAUCACCGCCGCCGCGUGCACCGUCAUCCUGGUCAUCGUCGUCCCCAUCUGCACGAUGAAAUCCUGA